CAAAAUCACCAAACCAUUCCAUAUUUCCUGCCGGUGUUUAUCCGUAUCACAUAUACCACAUCAUUCAAUCAAUCAGUCAACUUCAACCUUCCAAAGUUAAACCAGUGUGUUCCUUCAUUUGCCAUUUCCGUGUAUCCGUGUCUCUGUUGUCUCAACUCAAUCAUUCAAUCCAUCAAUCAAUCAAAUAAUCCGUGUGCUAGCUUAGAUCAUUAUCCACUUUGUCCUCAAUCAAUCAAUCAAUCAUUCAAUCAGUCAACCUAUCCAUACUUUCAUAUCAACUUACCUUUGAUCAACCAACUUCCAAAGACUUGGACAAACAUAGACUCAAUCAAUGUCACAUCAUCACAUAUGGGCAGUGGCAGCGGCAGCUCGGCGGCCGGCUCACGUCUGGACGACGACAACCACUCCAAGAUGCAACAGACCAUUAUCGAGCAAGGCAAGACCAUUGAGAAGAUGGCCGAGGAGAUCAAGGCGCUGAAAGAUCAGUUGCAGGAGAAGCCCUUCAUGGAGGAGCAGCAGUUCUACCGCGAGUACUUCAUGGCGCUGGCCAUCUCGGUAAAGGUCAACCAAUGCUACCUGGGCAAGAACUACGACCAGAUCUCUCUGCAGAUAUUAUACGAGCGAGCGCGCCAACAAGAGAUACCAUGGUAUGGAUUGAUGGACUGGGUGCCCAAACAGAUCAUACUCAAGGAAGACAGUGGCGGCGCACACACCAUGGUCAAUACUGCGCCGAUCGAGGUAGCAGGCAAGCCACAUCACAAAGGCAAUCGACUGACCAGGAAGUUUGGCGGUAUACUCCAUCUUCAGCCACCUGUAAAGAAU